GAGGCUAGGAGGAGUGGAGAAGAGAUGUAGCGCUCCUGCAUUGUCAACAACGUUGUGCCGAUGGAUUUUCGAAUUAAAUCUUGGAUUUUAUUUUUUGUUUAUAUGAGACUGGAGUAAAAUACUCUACAUGCAAAAAAAGUGAAUGAAUUUUUAAAGGGUUUUUGAACAACAAUUUGAAAAAAUGUGAGAAAUUUUAUAAGUGAAAAAAAUACUAAAACGAUGAAACAUUCAAACAAUUAAAAUAUUGACAGUUUCCGCUAUGUGAAUGUUAAAGGCUUACAUCAGAAGCGUCAACGAUGCAUAUAAACAGACUGCAGACAGGCUCCAGUUGACCAGAACAGGAAGUCAUCCGGAAGCGGAAGGCGGUACCAAGAAAAAAUAAAUAAUAAUUGGUCGCAACUCUUACGACAUGUUGCUUAAAAGUUACACAUGUAAUAGGACUAGAACAUGCAACAUGUGCUCAAGCAUUGUACUGUUUCUCGUUGUGGCUCUUCACACGACCUUGUGCUCGGCUGCAAUCAAUUUGGAUGAAUGCACGGGUGCGCUGGGAAUGGAAUCAGAAGCCAUAAAAGAUGAAGACCUCAAUGCUACUUCAUCUUAUCUUGUAGAAACUGUCGGACCUCAGAGUGCCAGGCUAAAUAAAGACAUCCAGGGUGGCGCUUGGUGUCCAAAACCGCAAAUCUCAAAGGAAGUUUCAGAACAUCUAGAGAUCAACCUUAAUUCUGUGCAUGUCAUCACUGAAGUAGCCACUCAAGGCAGGUUUGGGAACGGAGUAGGUCUCGAGUACGCGGAGGAGUACAUGCUGGAGUAUUGGAGACCCGGCCUAUCCAGGUGGCGAAGGUACAGAGACACCAUGGGACAAGAG